CUUUAUAAAAUUGAUGUGUUGUGUUUUUAACAAAAUUGCUACAAAAAUAUUAUUAUAGCGUUUUUUAAUGAAUUUAUUAACAUAUUUAUAAUGUAAUGUUAAAUAUUCUUUCUAUAAAUCAAUGUUAUACACCUUGUUAAUCGUAUUGUUCGGUUUUCGAUAAAGGUGUCAUUUUCAUUAUCGUUCGUUCCAGUAAAAAGUUUCACUUGUAAUUCUGCUAUUGACCUAAGUGCUAAUUGGUCAACCAUCAAAUGUUUUUGUUAACUGUCGUAUAAUAGCUGAUAAAGUGUGAAGCGCCGCGUGCAUAAAUCUCUUCUUAUUACGAAUUUUUAUGUCAAAACAGAUGAAUUGUGAUAAUGGAUAGAUUGAACCAGAUUCGGGGCGAAGCGGAACGUUCCAAAGACUUCACUUUGGAUACAUCGUCACCUCCAAGCGAAGCGUAUAUAACAGCUAACGAAAGUUCAUCAAAAUUCUUUUCGCUGUCAGAAGUUGAUUCCACUUUUAGUGUUUCGCCUACAAAAGACAGUAAUGCGUCUCCCGCCAAUGUAGAUAGACCGAUUUCUGACUCUGGUUUAAUAUCUAACCUAUCUCCUAUACCCAAGACAAAUGAUAUAGGAAGUUUCAAAAUUGGUAAACAAAUAGAAGCUGCAAAUAUUUUGUCAGGUGGUGUUAAUAUUUUUGAUGAUAAUUCAUAUGAUGGUGAUGAACUAGUUAUUGAUGAUAAUGUGGCUAUGGAUGAUGGAAAACCAAAUUCGGAGUUUAAAUCAGAAGAUGUUACCAAUGUUGUGUGUAUAGAUAAAUCAGAUGAAGUGGUGGAGACUGCAGAUGUUGCGGGGGCAAUUAAAAGUAAAGACACGGAGGUAGUACUUCAGAUUGAUGGAAAAAAUGUUGAUGCUAUAGACAUUGGUAAUGAUCUUUAUCUAUAUAGACGACCAGGUGAAGAGGAACUAGCUGCUGUGCAAAUUGUUCCUGAUAAUGAACAACAACCGUGUUUUAAAUUUCUUAAAGUCAGGGAAAAUGCUGAAGGCAAUCUGGAAGUAUAUGAAGAAAUUGAGAUUGAAGUACCAAAGGAAGUGCCUGUCAACAAUGAAGAACCUAAGGAAAGUUCCCCUAAGAGUAUUGUAAAGGAAGACAAGCCAUUAGUAGAGUCUGAUAAUAAUAAAAUUAUUGAUAAUACACUUAAAAAUCCACAAACUGAGACAGAAAAUAAAGAUGCAGAGUUAGAGACAAGUAGGGAAGUUAAAGAAGAUUCAAAAGUUAAUUUUAAUGGAAAAGUUAUGAAAUUCAGUGAAUCGCGUAAAUCACCAGUAAUAAAUACAUUUACUCCCAUGACAUACCACUCUACGCCCAAUAAAGAAGGAAUACCCUUAACAAAAACCAUGGUAGAUCAGCAAUUACAUCCAAACCGACAAUCUGAUAACAUCAAGAAAACUAUAGAAGUUCAUACAGAAUACAGCAAACAUAAAUUGUCUGAUACACCUAUUAAAAAUAAAGAGUUAGUUGGAAACAUUGAAAAUGAUGAAAAAGAUAUAGAUAAAACAUUACCUGAUUUGCUGCAUACGUCUGAAGAUAAACCUUUGAUCAUAGAUGAGAAGGAAUGUAAAGAUGAAUUAAUCGACAAUAAAACAGAAGAAAAGAUAAUAAAAGAGAGUAUUGAUAUAGAAAUUAAAGAUUCUAAUUUAAGUAAUGAAAUUACUUUAAAAGCCCCAAUUGCUAUGGAUAAAGAUAAAAAGUCCAUAGAAAUGGUGUUGUCAAGUGGAAACAAUAUGGAAGGCACCAAAGACAAUAAAACUGUUGAAGAAAAAACGCCCGACUUUAUUUCCGCCUAUGAAGGUGACAAAAACACCAUUGAUUUAAUAACAUGUGAUGAUACAGAAGCGGUUGAGGAUAAACUCGUUAUUGUCGAAAAUAUACCUUCACCGCCAAUAAGUAACGAAAAAAAUAGUGACACUUCAAGUUCAGCAAUAGCAGUUGAAAAGGUUCAAAUACUGGUUGAAUCUGAAACAAGCAAAUUAAUCUCGGACAUUAAACUUGAUGUUAGAGAAACAUGUUCUAAACAAAGAGAUACAAGGCAAGUGGCUGAUAGUACAAGUGAAUUAAAACAGAUUGAAAAUAUUGAAACUGAUAUUAAGCUUAACAAGAGUUCAAUAGAGAAAACAAAUGUGCCUAGCAAAAGUAAUAAUUUAGGGACAACAAGACUACAACAUAAUGCUAUUGAAGUUAAAAAAAGCUUAGAUGAUAUUACAACUUCCGAAACCAAGCAUGAUAAAAAUGAUGAAAAAAAUUUUAAGUCAUGUGAGUUAACAUCUCAAAAUAAACAAAAAGAUGAACAAUUUACUAUAGGGGAAAAUAAAACUAUUCAAGAGAAUUUGAAAUUAGAACCUAAUCUUAAAAUCACAGGGACAUUACCUUUAAAAUCAAUUGAACCCCAAAAACAAAUUCAGAACACCACUGUUACUUCAAAACAAAAAAUCGACUCUGCUUCUGUUCAUGAUGUUGUAUCUUUGAGACCAAAUAAAAAUGAAACGAAAAGUAAUACAAAUAUAAAUAAAAUCCAAGUAAAAGAUUACAAAGGUACUUUAGAUGAUUUAAACAAGCAUACUAAUAUUGUACCCACAGAUCAUAAAACACUAACUGUUUCUAAAAUAAAAUCAACUGAUGAUAUACAAAAAGCUGUGAAAUUGCCUGUAAAGGCAAAUACUUCCGAUAUAAAGAUUGACACAAAAAUUGAUGUACUUCCUGAUACUCAGGCGAAACAACCUAUUAAGAAAAAUUGCGUCGCAGUGCCUUUUGGAAAGUGGACUGAAGCAAAUAGACAGGAAUUUUUAAAUAAAAUAAAGGAAACAAAAGUUGCUUCAAAUAAUUCCAGUACAAAACAACUGAAACAGCCUAAAGAUUUGAAUAGGCGAGACGUUUUAAAGAAAAUAGAUAGUCAGAGACAAUCCAACAAUAUAGUUGUAUCAAAAUCCCAAGAUGUAAAUACUUCUACUAAAGCAAAAGUUACAACUGUUACUUUCAAAAAUAAACCAAACAUUGAGCACACUGAUAAUACGCAAAUUCUUAAAGAUGAGAAAAAUUCCGUCAAAGACAUAUCAAAAGUAAUUACUACAACUAAACCAGAUGCUGAUCUGAUAGAUAAAAAACCAACUCAAAGGAAAGAAAUUAACAAUCAAGAUUUAAUUGAUAAAACAAUUGAAGGUAUUAUUAAUAGAGCUCUUCCAGUGAAAGCUUCCCAAGAUGAGCAUAAGCAGAGUGUGGAAUGUAAUGCAAGUGAGAAAGAAAAAAGUGCGUAUCAGAUUACAUUAGAUGAUAUUGAAAAGAAAAUGAAUGAAUUGCAUGGAAUCCCUUUCGUGGAGAGACCUCCACAUGAGUUACCAGCACUUACACAAGAAUCCAAACCAAGUAGUGCAGAUACAAAAACAUCUAAUUCAAAUAAACCAGACACCUUAUUGAAUCCUCCUCCAUUCACAAAUAAACCUCACCAAAAUGUUAUUAAGGAACAUGAAAGGGCUAAUAUAUCUGAUGAAGAAAUCAUUGAACAUGUACCAAUUACAGGGGAUAUUAAAUUACCAUGUAAGGAUAGUAAAAUUAACGAGUUAGUUCGUAGUACGAUAUGUGAUAGCGGUGCUAAAAAAGAACCAAUUAUCACAGAGAAAGAUUUUGAUAAGUUUGCUAGACGUAAUUCUGUUACAUAUGAAAAUUUACUAACUGUUAAUUUUGAUAGGAAAGAACCCCAUAAUAUUAUUAAAAGUGUAGUACCAAAAGACAUUCCGGUUAAAAAAAUGUCAAGAAAUGAACUUAUGCUUGCUGAAUCUAAAGCUAAAUCGACAAAUAAGCAUAAUGCGGCACGUCAUAAUCAUUCCAGUAAAAUUCCAACAGUCAAGACAUCUAAUGAAACACAUAACAAGAAUUAUCAGUCCAAAGUCCAAAUUGCAUACCAAUCCGCAUUAACGGCAAAGCGGCAGCUUGAAGGCCCAAUUACAAUUAUUGAAGAUAAACCUGUAAAAGUUGUUUUUAUGGACGCAAAUACAGACUUUGUUCCAGUUUUACAUAUACAGGGUCAGGAACUCUCGCCUACAAAAAUUCAAAUGAAUGAGUCUUCUAAAUUUGUCCAUAGUGCUUCUGAGUCAUUAGAUUCUGAUAUACUAGAGAGUUUUGAGAAUAAGUUACAGGACGAAACUAGAUCUAAAAGUAAACAUCAGAGGAAACAAGUUCUAACUCCAGUCGAAACACCUGAAUUGGAACUCAUAGAACCGAGCGAUUUAGGCAUGGAAACUUCACCAAAGAAAAAACGCAGAUUUGAAGACAAAGCUGAUAAAAAAUCAAAAACAUUGGUGCCCAAAAAAUCAUAUCUUUUGAACCGUAAUGUGUCAGAAGAAAAGCAAGAAAUAGUGAAAAAUCCCACUGAAAUUCUGAAUAAAACAGAGACAUAUGUUCACUCUGAUCCAAAAUCAGCUAUUGAUAACUUAGUGAAAGCUGCUGAGUUACUUGAAACACAAUCUGAGAACAAAAUUUUAACCCACUCAACUGAGAAUAGCCCACAUCAAAACACACCAGUUAAAAGAGGUAGAGGUCGACCCAGAAAAAACCCUCUUCCCGGAGUAGAGUCUAACACACCAAAGACACCAAGUCCUCAGAAAAAACCAAGAUUGCAAGAAGAAAAAUCUUAUAAAGAACAAACAGAGACAGAAGAAAGUAGUGACGACGAAAUAAUAAAAGAAAAUUGGACAAUGGGUAAGAUAAAUGAAAACAUUGUAUGUCCAAUCUGUAACAAAUUAUUCCGUUCUGAGAAUGUUGUAUUUAAACAUGUGAAACAUUGUACAGGUCCAUCACCGAAUAGGUCUGACUCGGAUAAAAGAAGUUCUUCGAGAUUGCGCUUUUCCCAAGAAUCAAAAAGAUCAUCAACUGAUAGCAAAUCAGAUAUGGAUUUGGAUGAAGAAAUACUAACACCAAGAAAACGAAAAUCAAGAGACUCAAAGCCAGUUAAAGAAAAAAAUGAUGAAAUAAUAAAUAAGGAGUUGGAUACUGGAAAACAAACUCAACAUCAAUCACAAACAACUGUUAAUAAAACUAAAUUUAACACAAAUAAUUUAGUGUGCGAACUGUGCGGUAAAAGUUUUAGACAGUUAUCAUAUCUGUUAAGUCACAAAAUCCAACACAGAAAAGAAGAUGUUAAAUCAGCCCACAAUGAUGAAGUUAAAAAGAAUGUUUUCUCUUGUGAAGUUUGUAAAAAAGAAUUUAGGAAAUUGCAUCAUUUGGUCCAACAUCGUCUUAUCCACAAACCAAGUGCAAUGUCGUCAAGAUUAAGUAGAAAAAGCUCAUCUGAACACCGAGAUAAUAAGAGCGAAAAAGAUAAUAAAGUUCAAGCUCAAACAAAACAAACCGAAGAUCAUAGCGCAGGAUUUCGAUGUGAACCUUGUGAUAAGUCAUUUAGAAAACUUCACCAUCUUGUGGAACACAGAGAAACUCAUGAUGGUAUUAACAAAAAAUUUACUCCACAAGUAACAGUUGAACCUUCAAAAUCUCCAUUACAUCAAUGUGACAUAUGUAAGAAAUCUUUUAAAAAGUUACAACACUUUAUGGAACAUAAAGAUCAACACCUGGAGACAAGUUCAGAAAAAUCAGAUGAUAAGAGUGUUCAAAGUUCUCUUUCUACACGAGAUAUUAUACACGAAUGUUCUCUUUGUUAUAUGGUAUUCCCCAAUGAACACUCUUUGAAUAAACACACCAUCAUUUGUCUUAGAAAGAAAAAGCAAUCAGCUGCUAAAGCGAAACAAGCAGAAGAAAAAACUGCUGUCGAUGAUGAUAAUAAAGAUGAUAAGGAACAAGAAACUGACUCUAAAAUAAUUGCAGAUGUUAUGCCGGUUGAUAAUAUUAAGUCUGAAAAUCCAAAUACCCAUGAUUUAGAGGAUAUAAGUAAACCUCUCCAAACUAUACAAAGUGCUACACGUAAGUCGAUAGAAAAUAACACAGAAAUUGACAACUCGGACAGUAAAAGUGACGACAUCCCAUUAAUUAAAGCAAAAGAAUUCGAACCUAUUGUUAAUAAACCUGUGAAUGAAGUUGAAACAAAACCUUUAAAUACGCAAAUAAUUGAAACUAUUGUAAUACCUGAUACGCCUACACCGAAAAAAAGGACUGCAACGAAAGAGAAAGCGGGACUUACUGUUACAAAGAAACAAAAAACAUUGAACGUUACCAUGCCCGUCAUCGAGAAAAAUAAAUCGGAAAAAGCAUCAAAUGACGACGAUGACGCCGACGAAGAUGAUGACGAAGUGAGAUACAUGUUGAAUCCAGACUUAAAAUUGGAUAAAACAGUUGAAGAAAAGUUUAUGAAAGUGCGAGCCAAAAAACGUAGUUCACUACAACUAGAGAGGCCUAAUUCGAAAGAUUUGGUAAUAAGGAGAAUCUCAUUGCAACACCCACCCAAAAUACCUCGUUUGAAAGCGAAACCGGUAGAAGCUAAAACCCAAACUACUAUUAAAAAUGCAAAAGCCCCAACGCCUGAAACGGUGCCUUCUACAGAUUCGGAUGAUAGUGAUAUUAAAUACUCUUUCCCGACAACGCCUGUGAAACAGACACCAAAGAAAGCGGAGAAGUCAAAUAAAAAAAUAAUGUGUGAUAAACGAAAAUCAAUCAGUAGCAUUGCUAAGAGGAAGUCACUGGGGAAACAUAAGCAAAAUACACCUGUUAACAAAAUUAGAAAGCGCACAGCCGAGGUAGAGCACAGGUGUGACUGUGGACAACUUUUCAGCAGCGCUGCGUUGUUGUCGCGACACACGACUCUGGCGCACACUCCCCCGCGGAUACGACGCCGGCGAUCUCCCCCUCCAGACACUAAAUCACAAAAACCUACUAAUCUAUUGAAACCCAAUAUAAAACAAUCACAAUCGUCCGUUACUCAAACGAAAACACAAACGCAACAACCGAAACAAAAACCGACAACAAAACAAAAACCCACUUUGACAAAACAGAAGCUUAAUUUAAUACAACAAAAACAAACUUCAUCUCAACAGAAACAAACAUUGGCUCAACAGAAAAAUACUUCAAAUCAACCGAAACAGACGUUGACACAACAGAAAUCUAACGCUCAGUCGAGCCCGACGCGAAGUAAAUCUAAUAAUGUGAACAACGUAAGUAAGAACUCGAAAAUAGGUGUAGCGACGAGGAAAUCAAGUGUUAUAAAAUAAAUAUAUCAUAAUACAAUAAUUGUUGAGUAAAAAUGUGUAACAACGCUAAAGUAUGAACAUAAUUAUAUUACACACAAGACAGUGGCUGAUAAUGUAGGAAUCAAAACUUUAAGAUAAAUGGACUGAGUAGAGAUCCAAUAAUUUUUAUGUAUUUUAAAUAAAGGGGUGUUCGCUAGUAACUUGAUGAAAUCACGCACUAACAGCGCUCACAAAUAAGAAACUAACGGACCACUGUUGAUAAAUAUAUUUUUACACUUUCGGUGAGUUUAGGAUGCAUCAAAUAAAAUAUAAAAAAAAAAAAUAUUUUUGUGAGCGGGGCGCUGGUCUUGUCGCUAAAUUAGCGGGAAAGAUAAAAUCUAUAUUUUGUCAAUUGAUAUGUUAUAGAUAUAGCAGUGUAUAAGAGGAAAUAAUUUAUGUUUUUAUUUAGUAAUAAGGUGUCGAGUUUACAUUGCAUUAAUUUAGUUUUAAAAUUAGUGAAUGAUGAAUGCUUUUUAUACUUUUUGAUGUAAACUUUCAAUAUAAUUGAAAUUCAUUUGGGGCUUAUGAAUUGCGAAGCGAUUAUACAACGUGUAACAGAAAUAAUAAUGAACAUGAACUUAAGUAUUAUUAUUAACCUAUUAAAGUAUGUAGUUCAUAACUACACAAUUCAUAAAAUAUUGUAAUAUUCUAGAAAUUAAUAUCCCUUUCAGAGACUGCAUUAGGUAAUGUUUCAUGUUUUAUAUGCGCUCGCAAUUUAUCUCAGUAGCUGUUUUAAAAUGCGCUCAAAGGGAAAUAUUUUCAGCUUUCCUGCCAAAAUAUAUUUUAAAUUGUUUUAUUUUGUUAUGGAACUAUAUUUCUAUACACCUUGUAACAGAUAUAUGUCAUAAUAAUUUGAAACUUUAUGUACCUAUAACUUAUUGACGAAAUCUACCCGCAAAAUAGUGGGUUGUGAUUUUGUUUCCUUUAUUAUUUAUUGAUUCAAUUGUUUUCGAAUUGAUUAACAUUUCCUCUUUAUAAUCACAAAUAAUAUGAUAAAACACGUAGCUUGAUGUUACUAUAUUGACUUUUACAUAUAAAUGUUGUCUUUAAAUAACUUAAAAAAUUGGUGUCAUACGUAAAGUAUUCUUGUAGAUUACUAUUAAUAUUUUAACAUUGGUUAUUUACUAUAUUGUCAGAGAAAUUGGCUAUUGUCUAAUAUUAAUGUUUUAUCUACAAUCGCCAUUUAUGUAUUAAUUGUAAGUAGAUAUGCCUGUUAUAUCUUUUUUUAUAUCACAUGCUUUAUUUAACAACUACCUUCUAUGUAUCUUCUUUGUCGUUUCAAAUGGUCAAUUUUGUAUGUUAGUCAGGGUAAGCAAAUAGUGUAAAGGAUGUACCAAAAAAUUACCUUUUAAACGUGUACACAUAUCCAUACGUUUUCAACAUCAAUGUACAUAAAUAAUAUUAGAGCAAUGUAUUGUACGAGCUUAUAAUUUUGAUUCUUUCUGUGAUAUUAUCCAAAGAGAUUUAACGUUAUGUUUAUAGAGGUCAUGAGAGAAUUAUCAUAGUUAUGUCAAGUCCUACUUCAUCUAGCAAAAAUAUAGUGAUUAUCUCACUAUAUUUUUGCUAGGUGAAGUAGUCGUUUUGUUAUGCCAAUAAUGUUACGAAUAUCGGUAAUUUUUUCGAUUAAUAUUCUUUCUCUUAGUUUCAUCAUGACGUUUAUUUUUGCUCACCCUUUAUUUUACUGCUUCUCUAAAUCUCUUUGGAUAAUUCACAUCCAUGUAGUGAGGUUACGAGCUUCCCAUAGGUUUUCAAAAGAAUUUUUGGAAUUUUGUAGAUAAUUUUGAAUUGCAUUGUGCAAGCAUGCAUUCGAAAUUCAGUUAUAAACUGACCAUCUAAA